UUUGAGACAGGGUCUUGCUCUGUCACCCAGGCUGGAGUUCAGUGGUGCAAUCACAGUUCACUGCAACAUCCACCUCCCAGGUUCAAGCAAUCCUCCCACCUCAGCCUCUCGGGUAGCUGGGACCAGAGGUGCACACCACCAUGCCCGACUAAUUUUUUCAAAAUUUUUCUAGAGACGAGGUCCUGCUACGUUGCUCAGGCUGGUCUUGAACUCCUGACCUCAACCUAUCAUCCGGCCUUGGCCUCUCAAAGGGCUGGGAUUGCAGGUGUGAGCUACCACGCCCCGCCAACUAUUUUUCUUUAAAUUACUUUUCGGUUGUCACUUCUCUCAAUAAAUAUCAAUAUGUUUAUAAAACCUUUCUUUUAUCUGAAGAGCUGACCUCAACCACUCAGGGUUGAGUCGCUGUGAUAAGGUUUGAGGGUGCCUGAAAUGUCAUCAGAUUCGUCCUUUGGGCUAAGCUGAAACCUAGUGACUUGUCAGGUCAAUAAAUUAAGGUUAUUUCCCAAUAAUACAAACAUUUAACACCGUGAAGUAGGUUUUAGGCAGGAUUCCCUUUUUUCCACUGCAAAGGAGAGGUAAGUUCUUGCUGAGGUGGUCAAAGUCCCACCUGGGGCACUGGGAAGGUGGCGGGACAUUGGAACGUGCAGUAGUUGCGUUCUGGAGUUUACUGAGGCUUUCCAAGUGGGCAUUCCACCCAACAGGUCUUAGGGCGCCCCUCCCUCCGGGCGUGGCAGCCCGGGGCGUGGCUCCUGGCACAGAUCCGGAGCAGUUGUCAUCGGAGUCAAUUUCAGGACUCCAGCUCCAAGCUUUGGGGUUUCCAAAAUUCUGGGGGCUUGUCUCCCUGUCCCCCCCCCCACCCCCACUCAUUUCCCUCCGUCGCUGGCGCUGUCCGGUGCCUUCGGUCGCUCGGGCCGCCCCCCUCCGCGACUUUUUUUUUUCUUUCUCUCGCUGGCUCUUUCAGCAGGUUUCCCUAGGGGGCGGGAGGGGAAUGAUAUUUGGGGGCUCCCCUGCCUUCCUCUCUGAGCCGCGGAAGCGGAGACGCGGGGAGGAAGUCUGGCCGGCUUUGGGCUCCAGCCAGGGGUCCGCGGAGACUGGUCUCCGAAGGCCUUUGACGCCGGGCAUUUCGCGAGCUAAGCGCCCCUCUCAGCCGCGCCAUCCGCGACCCGAGUCCAGGCGCACCGCGCUGCGCCGAGCCCAGGGGCUCCGGGCUCCCCGCUCCCGACUCGACGCCCCCGCGCUCCCCCUAGCGGCCGCCGCGCCGCCUCACUCGGUCUCAGGCUCUUCUGUGGCGCAUCUCACGUGACCGCGCUGCGGGAGAGGGAUGAAACAAGAGGGCGGCUGAAGCCGAUCCUGAGUGGGGCCCCAGCAAUUCGGAAUGAGCCUUCUCCCUCCACCCGCUUCUGCCGACCGGGGCCCUCCCGCGCGGCCUCGCAGGCCUCCCCACCCGCGCCCGUCCCUCCUCCUCCGCUUUCCCUUCUCCCCCGUCCUCGGCUCCGACAUUAGGGGCCGGCGGGGCAGGCUGCCCAAGCAGCCCGCGGUUUCCGCUGCGGAGCACUGCGCCCCGGCCCCACCGCCGCCGCCGCCCAAGUCCGGACACAUCGGGGGGCUCAGCUCGCGGCACCGCGGUAGCAGCAGGGGCAGGUGGGCCGCCGCCUAGGUUGAGGCAGCCUCCAAGACGUGGCUGAGCUCGCCCAGGGGGAGCAGCAGUAGCCAGAGGAAGCCGCCUCUGGUCCCCCAAGCACCCGCACCCGGGUGGAAGGGGCGAGGAGGCGGGGGCGGCGGCGGCGGCCACCUGGCCCGGACCACCGCGGCCCGGAGGGCCGUGAACAAAGUGGUGUACGAUGACCACGGAAACUAGGAGGAAGAGGACGGCGACGUCUAGGAGACCCGGGAGUCUGAGGACAACGAGGAGGAUGAGAUGGAGGAGGACGAGGAUGAUUCCGAUUAUCCGGAGGAGAUGGAAGACGACGCCGCCGCCAGUUACUGCACGGAAAGCAGCUUCAGGAGCCAGAGUACUUACAGCAGCACUCCAGAUGCAAAUAAUACGGCACUCCGAACAGACACUAAAAACAGCUCUCAUCUCAAAGAACCCAGUGCUUGUAUCACAGUAUGAGAAAUUAGAUGCUGGGGAACAACGUUUAAUGAAUGAAGCCUUCCAGCCAGCCAGUAAUCUCUUUGGACCCAUUACCUUGCAUUCUCCAUCAGAUUGGAUCACCUCCCACCCUGAGGCUCCCCAAGACUUCGAACAGUUCUUCAGUGAUCCUUACAGAAAGACACCCUCUCCAAACAAACGCAGCAUUUAUAUACAGUCCAUUGGCUCUCUAGGAAACACCAGAAUUAUCAGUGAAGAAUAUAUUAAAUGGCUCACGGGCUACUGUAAAGCAUAUUUCUAUGGCUUGAGAGUAAAACUCCUAGAACCAGUUCCUGUUUCUGCAACAAGAUGUUCCUUUAGAGUCAAUGAGAACACACACAACCUACAAAUUCAUGCAGGGGACAUCCUGAAGUUCUUGAAAAAGAAGAAACCUGAAGAUGCCUUCUGUGUUGUGGGAAUAACAAUGAUUGAUCUUUACCCAAGAGACUCGUGGAAUUUUGUCUUUGGACAGGCCUCUUUGACAGAUGGUGUGGGGAUAUUCAGCUUUGCUAGGUAUGGCAGUGAUUUUUAUAGCAUGCGCUAUGAAGGCAAAGUGAAGAAGCUCAAGAAAACAUCUUCAAGUGACUAUUCAAUUUUUGACAACUAUUAUAUUCCAGAAAUAACUAGUGUUUUACUACUUCGAUCCUGUAAGACUUUAACCCAUGAGAUCGGACACAUAUUUGGACUGCGACACUGCCAGUGGCUUGCAUGCCUCAUGCAAGGCUCCAACCACUUGGAAGAAGCUGACCGGCGCCCUCUAAACGUUUGCCCUAUCUGUUUGCGCAAGUUGCAGUGUGCUAUUGGCUUCAGCACUGUAGAAAGAUACAAAGCACUGGUGAGGUGGAUUGAUGAUGAAUCUUCUGACACACCUGGAGCAACUCCAGAACACAGUUGCGAGGAUAAUGGGAAUUUACCAAAACCCGUGGAAGCCUUUAAGGAAUGGAAAGAGUGGAUAAUAAAAUGCCUGGCUGUUCUCCAAAAAUAAGGACCUUCAAAUAGGAGUGAUUGAAAUAAAUAACUACUUGCAUGUUAUGCUUUCAUUUGGGUGGAAUACUUCAUUGGAAUAAACUACUGAUCUUGUGCUGUGUCAAAGUAACAGACUAGAACCUUCUUUCAAGUACCUGAAUUGAAAUGAAACUCAUUUUGAAUAAUAAAAACUCUAGAAACUCUU